AACAGCAUCCACCAUGAGCAAUCUUCUGCUCACUCGUCCACACCUCGCAUAACCUUCAUCCCUCCGAAAUGAGCAACCCCGGACUUAUCUCUUGGGGCGUCCCCCGACUGUCCCAACUUCUCCCGCUGGACGAGGAGUCGCUCACGCAGAUCAUCACCUACGCCGCCAGCCUCCCCAAGGAAGAGGGCGCCAAUCACCUCAAAAACCUCCUCGGAGAUUCUCCCGCCGCCUUCGAAUUUAUUGCUGCCUUCAGUUCGCGACGAGACCCUCCACGAUCCGAGGCGCCAUCGCCAGCACCAUCCGCCACACCCAAGAACAAUUACGCAGGGACGGGAUCGAAGAGGGGCAAGAAGUCGAAGCCACCACUCCACAGCGCCGGGCCUGUACGUCGGCCAGACAACUUCGGGAAUGUGACGGGGGGCUACCGCAAGGAGGACCAGGAUGAGGAUUACAUGCCGGUGUCGUCACGGAGCAGACAAGAUGCGAGCACGAGGAAAGGCGCACAGGAUACCGGUCCAUCUCCGCUGAUGUCGUCGCGCGAGGCAUCCGCUUCCUCGUCGCGGAACCAAUCGCCUGCUCCGAAGCCAACUCCAGCCAAGAACCCGCCCUCUGCAGCGGGCCCCGUGAUCUCGGAUCUCCUGCCAAACGUGAAAUCAAAAGCGGCCAAGUCUGCCUCUCGAACGGGUGGCAGUACGGCGACCGGUUCCUCGUCCAAAGGAUCGCUGACUACGAAUAAUAUUAAUGAUUUGACGGCGGCUAUCGCCGCUCUGGAGGUCUCUACGAAUCCGACGCUGAGCAGCGGCCCCCGCAAGUGUACCUGCUACGCUAGUAUCCAUCCUCUCUUUGACCCGGCGCCGAACUGUCUCAACUGCGGCAAGAUUAUUUGCUCGCUGGAAGGGCUCCAGCCGUGUUCGUUCUGCGGAACGCCGCUACUGUCGAAUGACGAGAUCCAGAGCAUGAUUCGGGAGCUGCGGGCGGAGCGCGGGCAGGAGAAGAUGCGCGCACACAACGAGGGUGUACAUCGGGAGGGCGGACCGGGAUUAGCAGUGCCCAGCAAACUGGACGCUGCCAAGGCCCAUCGAGAUAAACUGCUCGCGUUCCAGGCGCAGAACGCCAAGCGAACGCGUGUUGUCGAUGAAGCGGCGGAUUUCGAGACUCCAAAUGUCGCGUCAACGCUGUGGAUGACCCCUGCGCAGCGGGCACUAGCCUUGAAGAAACAGCAGCGGAUUAUGCGGGAGAUGGAGGAAAAAGCACGGCCAGAAUGGGAGAAGAAGAAGACUAUCAUGAGUCUGGAUAUCAAGGGCGGAAAGGUGAGGCGAGUCUAUCAAUCAGCUGGGCCCGCGGAAACAGGUCCUUCUGCCGAGGAAGAAGCAGAAGCCAAGGCAGAGGAGGAGCUUAGGGAUGGGCACAGAGAUAGCAGCGGCAAAGCAUUCAGCCAUAAUCCUCUGCUGGCGGCCGGAGGACUGUUGCGACCGGUUUGGAAGUCGGCAGAGGGAGAGCAAGCGGACUCGGGACGCAAGGAGCGCAAGCAAACCUGGCGGCGAGUCCAGGAUGAUAAUGAUGAUAACGAGCAGUGGAUCCUCGAUGGCGGUCUUCACGGACACACCUGAGACAGCCAUUCACCGCCCACUGUGGCAUGCUAGCCGAGCAGUACCGAGCAAGCACAUGUGCUGAUGAGCUGACUGAUAAGCGGACUGAUAGGGGCAGUGAUUGGGCUGUUGAGAUUAUGCCGUCAUAUCACAUCCGGAGGGUCCAUGAAUGAACUUGGAUCGAUAAGCAAUGCCCUGGGUAGUGCAAGCCAGGCAGAGCAUAGCACAAGUGAUCUAUACUCUCCGAUAGUCACUGGCAUGACGUGAGACGAUGUGUAGCAUGCUCAUGACAAAUGAACCGGCAACAGCUAAUACUACGGACCACGACCAUCGCAACAGUAGAGAACAUACCAGAUCCUCCCUACCUAACC